AUGCCGACUACCGCUCCAGAGCAGUCUCCUGGAGAGCCAUCGAGGCCUCGGAAUCGCCAAGGCCGACAACGGAAGCAGUAUGAUAACGAUCUCAUUCAGCAGCGGAUACGAGCGUGGCAACCGCUCCUCAGCCCUAAAUGGGUGAUAGCAACGUUCAUAGCAUUCGCGGCAGCCUUCGUUGCAAUAGGCAUUGGAUUGGUCGAGGCGGAUAAGAGUACCAACGAGCAAAGCGUUGACUAUACUGACUUGGCGGCCGACGGUGGCGUCUUCCCUGUGCAAAUCGAAGUUAAUGAGGAUAUGAAAGCUCCUAUAUAUGUAUAUUAUGAGCUCACUAAUUUCUACCAGAAUCAUAGGCGUUACAUAGCCUCUCGUGACUACUCUCAGCUAGCAAGUCAUGUCUCUACUAGUCGUGGUGCUAAUGGUGACUGCAGCCCGUGGGAGAGAGAUGAGUUCGGGCGGAAUAACUACCCCUGUGGACUGAUCGCAAGAUCAACCUUCAACGAUUCUUACAUCAUCGACACUAAGCGUAUAAACUCCGCAGUGUGGGAACAGACUAAUAUAACUGAGACUAACACGGUUAUAGCUUGGGAAGAUGAUGUACAGUAUAAGUAUGAUAAUCUAGACCCAGAGGGGUCCAUAGACCAGGGGAUUCAGAAUCAGGUGUCCUUGAACAUGUGGCUCAACUUCUAUUUUCCCCCUCAAGUUUGCGUAAGUACUGCUGACAUUGGUUACGAUAGCUAUGGUGUUAUGAAGGUACCGAUAUCAGCACGACAGGACUCAUCUGAGUACAAGAAAAUAUACGUUAUGAGUGCUACCGCAGACUCGGCUACGAACCACACAGCUUGCACCAAUUACAUCACCGAUCAGGCUCAGUGCAAAUUCACUCUGGUACCUGGCGGAGUUGACGGUGUAGAUCCGGAGUUUGCAUGUAGUGCUGCUGAGGGGUACGAGCGGAAACUCAACCCAGCGGGUUGGGGUCUUCUGAAUGGCCGUUUUAUUGGGUGGAUGAGGCCGGCAGGCUUACCAACGUUUAGAAAGAUGUACGCUCGAAUAGACGAUGAUUUGAAGGUUGGCGAUGUCCUUCGAUUCACAGUAUCGGACAACUUCCCCACGGCCCAAUACGGUGGUACUAAAAGCAUCGUUAUUGCCACUACCACUUGGGCUGGCGGCAAGAAUGGCAUCUUGGGGUACUCCUACAUCGCCGUUGGUGUUAUAUGUGGUGUAUUCGCUAUAGUCUUUGGUAUUACUUAUCUGCGUAAGAAGAACAGGUUAGGGAACCCUGAGUACCUCAGCUGGGGCGAGUCGUGA